AUCGAGGUGCCGUCGAACGACAUCCGCUUCCAGAUGGAGCUGGAGUUCAUCCAGUGCCUGGCCAGCCCCGCGUACCUCAACUUCCUCGCCAUCAACCGGUACUUCGAGAACCCGGCCUUCAUGAACUACCUGCAGUACCUCAAGUACUGGAAGCAGCCGCAGUACGCCAAGUACAUCGUGUACCCGCACUGCCUCGCCUUCCUGGACAUGCUGGACGACGAGCGCUUCCGGCAGAUGAUCGCGCGCGAGGACUUCAUGACGCUGGUGCACGGCCAGCAGUUCUACCACUGGCAGACGUUCCUCAGCAACCGCUCGGAGGGGAAACCCGAGGACGCGGCUCCG